UCCGCAGGCACGGGGCUGGGGGCGCGCCACCUCGUGGCCUUCAUGCUGUUCCUGUGCCUGGCGGUGGCGUACGCGCUCCGCGUCAUCCUCAGCGUGGCCAUCGUCGCCAUGUGCAGGGAUUGCGGCGACGAGAAGGACAUCAACGACGACUUCCCGGCGUACGACUGGAGCAGCAAAAAGGACACCAUCCUGAGCUCGUUCUUCUGGGGCUACGUGGUGACGCAGGUGCCGGGCGGCAUCGUGGCGCAGCGCGUGGGCGGCGCGCCGCUGCUCGUCGCGUCGCUCGGCCUCACGUCGGCCGUGUCGCUGCUGACGCCGCUGGCGGCCGACGGCGGCUGGGGCUGGAUGUGCGCCGGGCGCGUGGUGCAGGGGCUGGCGCAGGGGCUCGUCUUCCCCUCGGUGGGCACCAUCGUGGCGAUGGCGUCGAGCGGCGCGUUGGCCGCCAGCGCCAUCGGUUGGCCCUCCAUCUUCUACAUCUUCGGGUCGGUGGGCGUGGGGUGGGCGGUGCUGUGGUUCUUCCUGGGCGGCAACUCGCCCGCCACGCACCGCUGGUGCUCCGAGAGGGAGCGCACCUACAUCGAGGAGUCGCUCGGGGACACCAGCGCCAUCGUGAGGCCGCCGACGCCUUGGGGCAAGAUCAUGACGUCGGUGCCCAUGUGGUCGCUCAUCAUCGUGCACUGCGGUCAAAACUGGGGUUUCUGGACUUUGCUUACGGAAAUGCCCAGCUACAUGAACUCUGUGCUAGGUUUCGAAUUGUCCAAAAAUGGCCUUCUGUCUGCGCUGCCCUACUUCGUCAUGUGGAUUCUCAGCUUCGCGUCGGCGGUGGCGCUGCUCACGGUGGCCGUGGGGCUGGACGCCGCCACCUACGUGGGCUUCCAGGUCAACCACAUCGACCUGUCGCCCAACUUCGCCGGCUCCAUGAUGGGCGUGACCAACUGCGCCGCCAACAUCAUGUCCAUCAUCGGCCCGCUGCUCGUGGGCGUGCUCUCCAAUCGAGAGGCAUGGCGAGUAGUGUUCUUCUUGGCUUCGGGGAUCUACUUUGUAGGAAAUUUACUGUUUGUGAUAUUUGGCAGUGCAGAACUUCAGCCUUGGAACACACCUACAGAGACAAGAGGAAAUGAUGAAGAGAAGCCAACAGAAAAAUCUGAACAAGAUGGCAAUUAGAACUCGAGAUAACAAUGCCACGAACACAAAGUGAAAAAGUGCUAUUUAACUAAAAUAGUGUACAUUUCGUUCAUAUUUAAAUAAGGACUGUAAGCAAUACUUUUGAGUAUUGUCAUUACAUGUGCUCAUAAAAAAACAUUCAUAAUCAUGAUUUCCAUUAAAGUCAACAUUGCAGUUUUGUUGGCCCAAACGCUUGUAGGCACAAGUGAAGCUCCUCAGGUAACUAAAAGUCAAGAAUACAAUGGUCAACCAUUUAGUACUUUAGGUCAACAGCUUCAUGAUAAUAUUUUUGAAUAUUGUCUCUCGUUUAAUGAGUAAGCCAGAGAUAUUAAACAUGGUAUGCACAUUUGGUUAAAAACUGCCAUGCUUUUUUUAGUCUCUCUUGUGAAUCUACAUUAGCAUCUCUGGCCCUUGGCAGGAGGCAUUUUUAUUCCCAAUUGCCAAUUCCCACGUGCCAAUUCUACCAGUAACAGCCAGUUUGUUUCUGUUAUCCAGCCACUAGAGAUUAGAUAGAUUUUAACUUAAUUCUGAAACAAACUUGAGUGUACAUAUGCAAAUAAAAAUAAUUAAUUUAUCUUUUUAGAAGAUACCCUACAUAUUAAAGAAUGUGAGUACCUGAUUCAAUAAGUUUAUAAAGUAUGAUUAUUGAAGAUAUGUGGCACACAUUGUGAAGCAUGCUCUGGUUACUGCGAUUUUUCUAACUCUGCCCCUCAGGGCCCUGCUUCACUAUGUCACUUUUUUUCUCCUCUUUCUCGGUCGUGCCGCUAGAUAUCGCAUGAUCGCGAUCGUUUAGCAGUGCUGGAUACGGUCGCAUCAUGCAACAUCUAACGGCACGACCGAGAAAGACGCGAAAUACUGUGACGUGGUACAACCGUGAACCAGGGCU